AUGUUUGCAUCUCCGUCAAACACCAAACAUUCCUCCGCUUCCCGGUCCCUGGAGAAAGUCGAGACCUCCAAUUGCUCAAGCUCUCCGAUCCAACAAGAUCGGGUCCAAUUCUUCAAGAUGACUAUUCCUGUCCAGACGAUCACCACUCUCCGCACAAGCUUCAACCCGUUCUCUAAGUCCUCCCGCCCCUGCAGGAUUCUACUUUCUAUCCUCCGCAAUCCCAAUACCGCCCCGGCAUCCAGUCCUACACACAUCGAUAUCAAGGUUAACCAACUCCCGCGUGUCUCCACACAACAGCCCGAGGUAACAGUGGGCUUCAAAGGAGGGAAGGAACUUAAGAUCGAGGUCGGAAAGCGCCAGCUGAAGAUCGGCGAUGUCAUCGAGGAAAUUGCGCGCGUGGGACGGGCUAUCGAACGAGAGGAGAGCUUGAAGGGUUAA